GGUGGGGGGGUCCCAGGAAAAGUGAGGUGUCUCUUUCUCUCUCUUUUCCCUCCCCCCCAUCACUACUCUUUUGCCCCGUUUCACCAGCAACCACCUCUUCCUUAUUAAGACCUCUGAGUGUGCGUUUCCUCUAUAGAGUUACAAGCAUCCACCAGCCCUCUCCAACCCGGGAAGGAUUUAAUCCUCGAAGUGAUCCACCAACUAACCCCCCAACUGAAGAUAAGAGGGUGGGGGCUGCACACAAAAAAGGACAUCAUCACCACCACCACCCACCCCUCCUUAGCCCCCUUUUCCAUCGGGGGGACGGCGCCAGCUGGGACCAAAACACGAGCCUGCCUGCCUGCCCUUAAGAUGCUAAUCCCGCUGAUGAAAGCGCCUGAGAGAUGAUCAAACGCUGAAAAGGACGGAAGAUUGCACUAUUUUGACCCCCUUCGACUUCCAUAAAUAUAUAUUUUUGGAGAGGGGAAAAAACUUGGUGGGACCUUAAAAAAAAAGCGCCCACUCUUCCUUGCCCCCAGCUUCGCUUCCGUUGGCAUCAAUCCGCUUCUCCGCCCUGCCCAAUUUCGUCUGGGUGAUGGAUGAAUUCCAUCCUUUCAUUGAGGCCCUCCUCCCUCAUGUCCGGGCUUUCGCCUACACCUGGUUCAACCUCCAGGCCCGGAAGCGCAAGUACUUCAAGAAACACGAGAAACGGAUGACGAAAGAUGAGGAGCGGGCUGUGAAAGACGAGCUGCUCAAUGAGAAACCGGAAGUGAAACAGAAGUGGGCUUCGCGCUUGCUGGCCAAGCUGCGCAAGGACAUCCGUCCCGAGUACCGGGAGGACUUUGUGCUCUCCAUCACGGGGAAGAAGCCCUCGUGCUGCGUCCUCUCCAACCCCGAUCAGAAGGGCAAAAUGCGCCGAAUCGACUGUCUCCGCCAGGCUGACAAAGUCUGGCGCCUCGACCUAGUCAUGGUGAUCCUCUUCAAAGGAAUCCCCCUGGAGAGCACCGAUGGGGAACGCCUUGUCAAGGCCACACAGUGCACCAACCCUGUCCUCUGUGUCCAGCCACACCACAUCAGUGUCUCGGUCAAGGAGCUUGACCUCUACCUGGCAUAUUUUGUCCGCGAGAGAGAUUCAGAUCAAAGCAGCAGUCCCAGGACGGGAAUCGGUUCUGACCAGGAGGAUAGUAAACCCAUAAUCAUGCUGGAUGCAGCAGAUUUUCAAGAGAAUUUUGUUACGUCAGGUGUGUUCAGUGUCACAGAACUUAUCCAAGUUUCCCGGACACCAGUGGUGACAGGCACAGGUCCAAAUUUCUCUUUGGGAGAGUUGCAAGGGCACUUAGCAUACGACCUGAAUCCCUCAAGUACAGGGAUGAGGCGGACGCUCCCCAGCACUUCCUCCAGUGGGAGUAAAAGGCACAAGUCGGGAUCCAUGGAGGACGAUCUGGAUACCAGCCCUGGGGGCGAAUACUAUGCCUCCCCUAGCUCUCCCACAAGUAGCAGCCGCAACUGGACGGAGGACAUGGAAGGCAGCAUCUCUCCAACUGUGAAAAAGACAGAAAUGGACAAGUCUCCCUUCAACAGCCCAUCUCCGCAGGACACUUCACCCCGGCUGUUCACUCAGCAUCACCGUCCUGUCAUUGCCGUACACAGUGGUAUCUCUCGAAGUCCCCACCCCUCCGCUGCGCUGCACUUUCCCACCACUUCGAUCCUGCCCCAGGCGGCCUCCACCUACUUCCCGCACACAGCCAUAAGGUACCCGCCUCAUCUGAAUCCACAGGACCCUCUGAAAGAUCUCGUCUCAUUGGCUUGUGACCCAUCCAAUCAACAACCAGGACCGUUAAAUGGAGGUGGUCAAGUGAAGGUACCCGGGCAUUACCUUCCUACCCAGAUGUUGGCGCCGCCACCUCCAGGUAUGCCCCGCCUGGCAAUCUCACCUGACACCAAAUCUACCACGACAACUUCCGAGGGAGGGACCACCUCGCCGACGUCUCCCACCUACUCCACCCCAGGCACACCCCCUGCGAACCGCUUCGUGGGAUUAGGACCACGGGAUCCUGGCAGCAUCUAUCAGGCACAGUCCUGGUACCUAGGCUAGUUGCAGCUUCCAUCUGUAUCACCAUCAUCAUCUUCUUCUUCCUUUCCUCCCCCCCCCCCGGGCUUUGGGCUUCCUUUGAGGAGAACAGUGCAGUCCUCCCACCCCCGGCCCAAACCUUGGGGGGCAGCAUGGAGAGAGAGAGAGCGAGAGAGAGAAAGAAAGAAAAAAAAGAAAGAGCAUGGAUUAACGUCAACAUCACGAAGAGACCUCACAGAAGGACAGAAGGAAGGGAAGGGGAGAAGCUCAAAACUUCUUUUUAAAAGAUAAAGGAAAAAAAAAAACAACGACCCUGCUUUCCAGCCAUCCCGACUGCGACUUUCCUGAAACGAGCAAAAUUCAAGCAGGCAGCUCUCUCCCAGGGGAGGCUCUUUUCUGGCCAGAAGCACUACACACGCCUUUCCCGAGGGCCUGGUUUUCCCCCAUCCUCCCUGCCAGCUGGGAUCCUGUCUCGUCUCAUACUCAAAAGGGAUGUAUAUGCAAAAGUUUUCUGAUUACUUUCCUCCAUCUCUUGUUGAGUAGCUGAGAAAGAAAAGAAAGAAAAAAAAGAUGUUAAUCUGGCCUGCUGCAGAGCCCUCCCUCCCCUCUCUUUUUUUCUACGCUCAACAACACCCUCCUCCCUGCUUCUCCUCCUUUGGGAACGGGGGUCAGCCGUGAUCAAGAGACUGCACUACAAGCCAUCUAGACUGGUCAAGCAGCUGAAGUCGGGCCAAGGUCAAGAUGCAACGUGAGCUAAUUCCCCCCCUCGAGAGAGAGAAGGGGGGGGGGGAGAUUAAAAUGCUGGGCACCUUUUUUUUCAGUGUAUCAAAAUUGUCCUCCUCCCCCACCCACCCCCAUCCCGGAAAUCUAAUGUGUUGCUUUCAGACAGGGGGGGGGGCUUGUUGGUCCUCCUCACUUACUGACGUGGUGUGAGCCAGGACUUCUUUGGUGGAGAAGAAGGGGACACGCGUGGCUUGUUCUCUGCACUCCUCUCCCAGAAUGCUUUGUGCGCUUUAGUGUCAAAAGACAUCCCUCUUUUUUUUCCCUUUUUUUUUGGAAAUGGGUUUGAGUGCCAAUCGUGUGGGGUGGGGAAGAGGGGAAGGAGGCGGGCUGCUUUGACCGAGAGUCUUGUUAUUGUGGGAGAAGGGAACAGAGGCAAGCCACUUAACUUUUUAACUUUUGCGGAUGACUUCGUGCAAUCCCCGAACCAGAUGGUUUGGAAUGGUGGCGGGUUUUGAUUUUUUUAUUUUAUUUUUGUUUUAUUUUAUUUUUAUUUUUUUUGGUUCUGGGGUCGGGGAGACAUUGGAACUCGGCUGUGAAUGUUGAAACCACGCAUGUGUUGUUGGGUUGGGCUGGAAUGAACUCUGGGGCGGGGGGGGAGGGGCAUUUCUUCAAGGGUGGGGGUGGGGGUCAGGAAAGGAUUUGCUAUUACACUGUGUUUCAACAGCACCCCGACUUCCCUUGCUGCGACUUUGCCAUGACCACAGAUCUGUCUAACCCUUGCCUUAAAGUCGGACCAAGGCUGAGCGAUGGGCUCUUUAAUUUUUCUCAGCCUGCAUGGACUUUGGUCAGCCUGUUCUCUUAUGGGGAAGGAAUUGCUCUUGGAGGUGGUGGGGGGGUGGGUGGGGACAUGGCACCUCACAGGUUCCCUUCAAGGUGGCUUCCGCCCGGCUUUUAACAACCUUUCUUCAAAAAGGCGGGGCAGGCAGCCAGUCCGAUGAACACCAGCAGGGACCUGUGUGGACUUGUUGAAUCUCUGACUUGGGGUGGGUGGGAGGAAGACAUUGAGUGGGGUGGGGGGCGGUCAAUGGAUCAGCAGGGCUUCGCUUUCUCUCCCCCUCCCCACCCCCCCGAGCUUCCAACCUUGUGUACAAAGAGCUAUGCAUGCCCUUGUAGACCAGCUUCGAGAUGAUUUUUGAUGACUGCUAAUACGGAUUGCACAUUAUUAUUAUUUUUUUGUAGGAAAUGCACUUUUGAAGAGGAGGGAGAGGAGGAAAGUAACGGGAGGGUGGAGGGCGGAUAAGGAAGGUAAAUCUAGAGCAGAGGUCUCCAACGGUGGCAACUUUA